AUGUCAUCCUCAACAGCAGUCCCCAAAGGCUCUACCAUCAUCGUCACCGGUGCGAACGGCUACCUUGGUAUGCACGUCGCAGAUCAAUUACUUGCAUCUGGCUACAAAGUCAAAGGUACCGUUCGCGACGCUGACAAGGUCCAAUGGACCACCGAGUACUUUAAUGAGAAGUAUGGGAAAGGCAGUUAUGAAGCUGUAAUUGUUGACGAUUUCGCGAAAGAGGGAGCUUUCGACCAUCUCAGUCUCCCAGGAUCCACCGGUGUUAUUCACGUCGCUUCAGAUGUCACUUUCGGCCCAGAUCCAAAUGAGGUCAUUCCUGGCGUGAUAGAUGGAAUAACCUCCCUUCUAAACUCUGCCGCUUUGGAGCCAUCCAUCAAGUCUUUCGUUCUCACCUCUUCUUCAGCCGCUAUUGAUCAAGGCCGCCUAGGACAGAAAUACCUCGUUGAUGGUAACCUUUGGAAUCAUGAAGCCGUCAAGGCAGCCUGGGCUCCUCCUCCAUACACUGCAGAGAGAGCCAUAAUGGUCUAUUUUGCCAGCAAAACACAAGCUGAACAGAAGGCUUGGGAGCUUGUCAAAAGUGGCGAGUGCUCGGAUUUAAGGUUCAAUGCCGUCAACCCCAACUUUAUGAUGGGGAGGUUCUUGCAUCCCAAGCAGAAUAAAUCGUCUGGAGGAAUGGUGAUGGGGGUCAGAAAUAAUGAUUCGCGUGCAGUUGAUACGUUUAAGUCAUUUGGGUGGCAAUGGAUGGUUGAUGUCGUUGAUGUUGCGAAAUUACAUGUCAUUGCUUUAGUUGAUCCUGCUGUCAGGAACGAGAGAAUCCUGGCGUACACCGAAAAGACCAACUUCAACAUUCUUGUCGACAGAAUUGGCAAGGUGCUGGGGCCAGACGCUAUUAGAUAUUUGGAGAAAAUCGAGGAAGGGGAGAAAGACUUGAGAGAGGUAGACGUGAAGAGAAGUGAAGAAUUGCUGAGGGGUGUCGGCCUUUCGGGGUUCAAAGGGUUUGACCAAACUUUGAAGGAACUGUUUGAAAGUGCGGCUUGA